AGAAUUAUUGCUGGAAAAACCCUAAAAAUAGCCCUUUUCUUUUUAAAAUAGCCCUUCCUAUAAUAUUUAUAAUAUAAUACUGAUCGUAUCCAUGGCAACCAACAAUCGUGUUUUGUGCAGAGUGUUUAGUUAGUUAGUGUUUGUUUAGUUCGUGAUUAGUGAAAAAAUAAUUUAUAUUUGAUAUGCCUCCUAUAAGACGAAGCAAUUUAGGUAGAAGAACCAGAAAUGCUACAAACCAAGCUAAUUACCGAUCUAAUUCACAAACGCGUGAAGCGCGAGCAAGUUUGAAUCGAGCUGCUUUUAGUUACGAUGUGUCAAUUGACUACAGUAACUACCAAUGUGUUGUUAUUGGUUCUAUGAACUCGGUUUGCUCACACUGUAAGGCAUUAAAAUACAAAAACGAAGCCAAUGGAUUGUGUUGCGCAAAUGGUAAAGUGAAAUUGAUACCAUUGGAUCCACCACCAGAACCAUUGUACUCAUUGGUUUCAGGAAUAGGAACAGAUUCUAUACACUUUUUGACAAAUAUCCAACAAUAUAACAAUUGCUUUCAAAUGACUUCAUUUGGGGCAACAAAUGUAGUUCGGGAAAAUUUUAUGCCAACUUUCAAGAUACAAGGGCAAAUAUAUCACAGAGCAGGUUCACUGUUACCAGUGUCAGAUAGCGACAACAAAUUCCUGCAAAUUUAUUUUAUGGGCAAUUCACCACAAGAAAUUGAUCUGCGUUGUGCACAUAACAAUUUAGUAAAGAGGUCUAUUGUAGAACAAUUACAAACUUUAUUUCAUCAGCACAAUCAAUUGAUUAUAUUGUUUAAAACUGCCCUGGAUCUGAUGCCAUCCGAUAAUCACAAAAUUGUAAUCAGAGCUGAUAAAACACCUGCAGGUCAACAUACAAGACGUUUUAAUGCACCAACUAUUGAUGAAGUUGCUAUCGUUGUAGUUGGAGAAAACUUGGAAUCCCGUGAUAUUGUUUUACGUCGUCGGAAUGAUCAAUUACAACGUAUAAAGGAAACACACCGCUCAUAUGAUGCACUGCAAUAUCCCAUUAUAUUUUGGCAAGGUGAAGAUGGCUACGAUUUCUCAAUAAAAAUGAUAAAUCCCAUUGCAGCGGUUCUGAAAAAGUCAGUUCAAUGAACUAUUAUUCAUACCACCUAAUGAUUCGGGAAAAUGAAGAUAAUCACAUAUUGAAAUGUCGGCGAUUAUAUCACAAAUAUGUUGUUGACAUGUAUGUUAAAAUUGAAACGGAAAGAUUAACAUUCAUCAGGUUGAAUCAAACCAAACUCCGAUCU